AUGCAGCUCCUCCAUGUCCUUGGACCGCCCGCGGCGCCGCCCGUCCUUUGGACCAUCAUCAUCAAUGCCCUGAAAACAUCUGUUCGCUGGCUGUUCGCGUUUGAAAAAAAUGUUCCCAAACUAGCCAAAGACCUCCGCAUACGAAUCAAGCAUGGCUCAUACAAUGGUCUAGCAGUUUUGGCAUCUGUGGAAAAAUUCUACGAUAAAGAUGGGUUGCCCGAUGUGAAAGGCUUCGUCGAUGCUUGUGGUGAAGGUUUCUUACUAUCAGAACAGUCUGUCAUCGGGAAAGCGCUACUGGAUUAUUUCGAUUUAAAGGAUCUGAUGCAGAAAAACCAAGUUUUCGACCCAACUGUUGAUUUCGACACUAUCUGGCAUAGUGUAUGCCCGGAGCAAGAAGGACAUGCAUUUCAUUCUUUUGACUCGAUUCCAGAUGAGCCCGAAUGGGUCGAUGCCAAACGAAGCUGCCUUACGAAGAUGUGGAAGCAGUUCACACCUGUUUCCGAUGUUUUUGAGCGAUGUUUGAAACAAAUUAGUGGGGCUAAAGAUUCAUGCGUCGCCAGACUUUUUGGGGAAAUGUGUACAAUAGCAAGCAAACCAUCCAUGUUCUUCUUUCCCACCUUUUUGUCAGGAUUUGCACAAGGAACCAAGCCCUUCUUGACUGACAAUGCACGCAAGGACCACUCGGUGCUUAGGGCAGUGAACGAGAUCGCAUCUUCAAUAAGUCCAACAGUUGACUCUGUGGCUAUCGAUUGCCUCAAAAUGCAGAUGACUGACAAACAGCUACGACAGACUUGCAAGAUAAUGCGAAAAGCGACUACUUGCCUUGAGAAAGAUGCAGAUAAUGCUUCGGAAGCAAAGUUGAGUGGAUGUAAACGGUCUGGAUUUUUCCCAUCCUAUGAUUCGGUCUCCAAGAAGGCAAGAAGUAUGAAGUCGUUGAUUAGACAGAAGCUUCCUAUCAUCGACUUGCCUGACGGAAAGGGGGUUCCUAUUGCACUCGCCCUGGAAAUGAAGUACAUGCAAGUUAUUGCCGAAUGUCCCGAAAUAGCAACUGCAGAUAGCCUUGAUGCUUGGAUUUCAUAUGACGGGUGCAGGACGGGAAAAUCUGCGCAGAGUGACUCGUCUCAUACAGAAGUUACUUUGUGCUUAAGUGCACGCUGGAACGAAGACACUCCCAUCAUACGCGAGUAUCGGUUCAAACAGGAAAAACGAAAUAAGAAUCAAGAAUGUUUAGUAACGUUUGCUGUCGUGAGCGGCGAAGACUCUGCAGAUAAAAUUCAGAAAAACAUUGUUCACCCAUAUAAACAAAGCAUUCAGGAAAUCAGAAAGAAUUACAAGACUCAAGAUGGAAAAACCAUACAAGGUGGCCUGCAUUUCUACACCGACAAGCAUGGGAAUCUGAGCUGUCUAGGUGGACGUGAGAAGACCACUACCGAGGCAGAGAGUUAUCCUGAGAAGGUUAUCACCAUUACGUUUCACGUGAAGGCUGAUCUCAAAGGACUCUGGGGCCUCUUCAACAUCAAAGAUUUUUGUGAAUCAAGAGAUAUCGAUGCGGGAGACUUCGGGGUCCUAAAUGAUCCAAGCAUGUCUGCAUCACAGAGAGAAUUUAUUCAAAGCUGUACGCAUGUAACAGGAAAUGAUGGAGAAAUAGAAAAUGAUGGAAAAAUAACUUCUGAAGACGUGCAUCAGAUGGAAACUACGAAAGACUCUGGAAGACUUGAACAAGGUCAGCGAGUCAUGGUUUUGAGACAGAAUGACGCAGAAGCGCGGGACUCCGACAUGCUUGAGUUCUUCGGCGACGACGUGCUGCGAAUGCUUGUUGCCUGCCUGCUUCAUAACAGAAUGAGAAUUGACCAGAUGUUUUUGAGAUGGAUUUUCAAAGUGGCCAAGAAGAACGGGCCCACGAAGGUGGACGCAGUCUUGAAGGUUUUCGACAACCACAACAUCAAGUACAAAUACAAGACCGACGAGUAUGUAAUGCCCAACUUGGAUGGGGUACGGUGCAUCAAGUUUCAAGAAAACGUAUUGCCUGGGGUGAUGGAGGUAUUGUACCCGACGGAUCCAGACAAGCAGGUGUAUUGCAAGGAUAUUUUUCGAAAUUGGUGUUCGAUAGACAAAACGCUUUCGAAAAAGCAUUUUCAUGAACUGAGCAAGGAGGAGAUCGACAGUUUACCCAAAAGACUGAACUCUUUUGCUAUUCGAUAUCCAGUUUUGACAGGAGACAAAGAUAUGUUCUCUGCAGUUUAUUUUCAUUUCAUCGCUCAAGGUCACCUUGCAAAACUCUUCAAAGUGCACAUUGAAGAAUUUGGGACCACCCUAUCUCUGUCAAGUAUGGAAACUGUGGAGGCGAGACACAAGCAACUAGGGAGGUUGCUGUGGAGAAAAAGUAUAAUUCAAGAUAUGACUCGAACGAGAAAAGAACAGCGUGAGAAGCAGGCACAGUGCGCUGCCGACGGAAUUCCGUACGAGCCUGAAGAAGUUGUAUAUGACAACGAUUAUAGCAGAGGCAGAGGCAUAGACAUCUUGGUGGAAUCUCUAACAAUCUCAUUUGCCUUGUGCGAUUUUGUAAAUGAUUUAGAGGAUGUACAAGUGUAA